AUGGAAAAUCAUACUGAAAUGACUGAAUUCAUAUUAAUUGGCUUCAAGGAUCAACCAAACGUGCAGAGAACUCUCUUCUUUCUCUUUUUGGCAAUAUACAUCAUCACCCUGAUGGGGAACAUAGGCAUGAUCAUAAUUACAACGGCUGAUGCCCAGCUUCAUAGCCCUAUGUAUUUCUUCCUGAAAAACCUGUCCUUUUUGGAUGUUUGCUACUCUUCAGUCAUCACUCCAAAAGCAAUGCUGAGUUUUAUAACUGGGAACAAGACCAUUUCCUACAGUGGCUGUGCAACUCAGAUGUUCUUAUUUUCUCUUUUUGGAACUACUGAGGCUUUUUUCUUGGCUGUAAUGGCAUAUGACCGAUUCAUUGCCAUCUGUAAUCCACUGCUGUACCAUAUCAUCAUGUCAAAGAAAAAGUGUGUUUGCCUCCUAUGCAUCUCUUACUUCUUUGGUUGUAUCAACUGCUGCACCCAGAUUGGUUCUACCUUCAGUCUGUCAUUUUGUGGCUCCCUUGAAAUUGACCACUUCUUUUGUGAUGUCCCAGCUGUCAUGAAAACCUCCUGCUCAGCCACUUUUGUGAAUGAACUUGUGCUCCUUUCAGUGUGUGGCUUUAUCAUUGUAACCACAGCCUUGGUAGUCCUAGUAUCCUAUGUCUACAUUAUUGGUACCAUCAUACGCAUACCUUCUGUCAAAGGAAAACAAAAAGCUUUCUCAACUUGUACCUCGCAUUUGAUGGCAGUCAGCUUAUUUUUUGGGACAGUUUUUUUUAUGUAUGCACAACCUGGGGCUUUGUCUUCUCCCAAUGAAGGAAAGGUUGUAUCACUGUUUUAUACAGUUGUCAUCCCAAUGUUGAACCCCAUCAUCUACAGUUUGAGAAAUAGGGAGGUUAAGGAAGCUCUGAGCCGACAAUUAAGGAAAAUUGAUACAUAG